UUCUACAGUGUCCGUUCAUUGAACCCUCACACAAGUACUCUCUCGUGUACAUAAAUCUCAUCGUCAUCAUUCCCAAGCACGCUGUUUUCUUCCCUUUCGAAAGAACGAGCUUUUAACUGAUCUUGAACCAUGAGCGACGCUUCAUCAUCUGUUCCUUCCUCUCCAUUACAGUCAACUCCACCCUCGUCGAUCCCAUCGCCGUCUCUUUCGACAUUAAGCCUAGAUACGAAGGAGGUUUCAGAAGUAGACAAGGAAGAGGCAUCGAAAUUGAAGGCGCAGGCUAAUAAGGCAUUUAUUGAUCAUGAUUUCCCGCGUGCGGCUCACCUAUACUCGGAGGCUAUCGAGAAGAACCCGAUGGAUGCGACACUAUUUUGUAACAGAGCAUACACACGGUUGAAAAUAGAAGAACAUGGCUACGCUCUUCAAGACGCCAGCAGGGCGAUUGCGCUCAACCCCAAGUAUGCCAAAGCUUAUUAUAGACGAGCGAUGUGCCACAUACAAACUCUUAAGCCUCAGCUGGCCGUGGCAGACUUGAAGAAAGUAAUGGCGCUUGAUCCCCACAAUAACCAAGUCAAGCUGCAAUUAGAGUCAACGCAGAAGCUUCUACGAAAGAUUGAAUUUGAAAAGGCCAUCGAAGUAGGCGAAGAGCAGUCAGCCGUAGAGAGAUGUCUUGAAAUCAUUGCAGACGGUGGUUGCGAUCUUGACAACAAAUACGAUGGGCCUAAGCUGGAGACGGCUGACGAUGGGAAAUACACGAUAACUCUGGAAUUCAUUCAGGCUAUGAUCCAGUGGUUCAAGGACGGCAAGUCCCUUCCACGUCGAUAUGUAUGGGAGAUUGUCCUGGGAGCACACUCCCACUUUAUCAAAGAACAAAGCCUAGUAGAAUUGCCUCUCGAGGAGAGAAUGACUUGCGAUGUCAUUGGUGAUGUGCAUGGCCAAUUUUAUGAUAUGCUAUACUUGUAUUCUUUGACCGGGCCACCAUCUGAGAAGCAUUGCUUGCUCAUGAAUGGCGAUCUUGUCGAUCGAGGCUCAUGGUCGAUUGAGGUCAUCCUCACAGCCUUAGCCUACAAAUGGCUAUAUCCAAAAAAUAUGUUUAUAAAUCGUGGCAAUCAUGAGACGAAAGAAAUGAAUCGAACAUAUGGGUUCGAGGGCGAGGCAAAGCAUAAACAUGGUGAUCAGACCUACAAGCUCUUCGCGCACUUAUUCACAACGAUGCCUCUGGCGACGUUGAUUUCUGCAACAAGACCACCGGAAAAGAGCCAAGGUUCUAUCUUGUCUCCAGAGGGACUCAAGCGAUACUUUGUCGUGCAUGGUGGUCUUUUUAGCAAGGAUGGUGUUACGUUGGACGAGAUUCGUAAAAUAGAGAGGAUUGGGCGUCAGCCAGGGACAGAGGGAUUGAUGUGCGAGCUUCUAUGGACCGAUCCACAAGAAACGCCUGGUAGAGGGCCGAGCAAACGGGGUGUUGGAAUUGCUUUUGGCCCAGACGUGACACGCAGAUGGUGUGAGUUGAAUGGUGUUACCGGCAUUUUGCGUAGUCAUGAAGUUCGUCAAGAUGGUUAUGCUAUUGAACACAACGGCCUAUGCACCACUGUAUUCUCUGCACCGAAUUAUGUGGAUCAGGCCGGUAACAAAGGGGCAUUCAUUCGCAUCGACUCCGCGGGCACACAGGAAUACUUCCAAUUUGAAGCCCAACCCCACCCAGCAAUGAAGCCGAUGGCCUAUGCAUCAAGCGGCUUGUCCGGUCUGAUGAUGUAGACGACCUGUUCGUCUAUAUCUCAGUCGGAAUCAGAGUGACUGACGAUUUAUCGUAUAAUAUGAUCAGGUAUUGGGAGGCCGUUCUGUGCUCUGACGGUAUACGAGGCAAAUUUCAUUGUUGUAGUCUUGAUGGUGCCCAUUAGUCGAUGCCAAUAUUGAGUAGCGCGCUGCCCU